CAGAGAGAGAAAGCAUAAGAGAAGACCAGUUUUGCGCGCAUUCAGUUCCUCUCCAAACAUCAUUUCCAUUCUAUUUCUUAACAACCUUUCUUUGUUCUGCUCCUUCUACUUCGCUUUUUCCUAAGUUUUUCAGCAGCCACCCACCAUAAUAAUAAUAAUAACCUAUUCAUACAAAGUUGACUUGUACUUUAGUUGUCGUUGUUUCCUCUUUUAUGCUUCUGCCACCUUAUUCUGAUCAAACUGCUUCACACCUUUUUGCGCCGUCCUUAUUCUCUAAUUCUGCCAACUCUCCUUUUCUUCACCUGUUAGAGGUUCCGCGAAACAGGGCCUGGUGGGAGAGAGUGGAUUCAAAAACUAGAGAACAAGACUACCCUGAUAAGCAGUAAUGGGAAAGGACCUGAUUUCUUCCGACCAGACCGCUAUUCAAAUUCAGGACAAUAAUCCAGGAUGCAUGUGGGGCAUGCUUAAAAUUCUUGAUUACCAUCGUUGGCGCGUAAAAAAGGUGUUUCCCCACAAAAGGAGAAGACAUGCCACAUAUAAGAGAAAAAGCAUUUUGUAUAACCAACUUGAUGACCAACACGAUGGAGUUACAGAAUCGGAGCCCCUCCUGGUCAGACAAGAAAGCGAAAAAUUGCAUGCUGCAGGCAAAAGUUCUCCCAAAUACAAUCAAAAGGAAACACGAACUGGGAAAGAGUUUAACAAAGAAAACUCCAAAGGCAGUGAAACCAUGGACUACUCGAGGAAAAACCAGGCCAGUAAGGAGUAUGCACUUCAUCUGGAAAAAAAUGGCAAGACAACAGAAGCUUACCUUAACCAUAAGCCUACGGAAACAAACAAGCAUAAUGGAGACAUUUCCUAUAAAUUUGAGAAACAUUCAGAUGUUUUUGAGUUUCUUAGGGUGGAGAAGGAUUUAUUACUCAAAUUUCUGCGAGACAUGGACUUCAGUGGGAAAAAACUCCAGCAACCUUCCCAAACCAAUGCAAGAUUGACAAAAUGUGGGUCAUUUCCUUUAGCCUCAACUUCACAGAUGAGGAACAUUAGCUCUAGGUCGUUAAAACACAAGCAAAACGAAAUUUAUCCAAAGGGAGAAAAAUUGUUUGCUGUUGCCCAGGAAUCAAACAUGUCAGUUUCCAGUUUUGUGAAAGAUAUUUCUUAUGAGAAGCCACGAACUUUGGUGAGUGAUCUUGGUGUUGAUAGUGCCAUGAAACAAAAAGCAAUUAUUUCCUCAAGGUCUUCUCAUGAAUCAAAUCACAGAGGGUGGAAUCAGUUGGUUCUUCAUCAAUUCAAAGCUAUAAAGCAGAAGAUAAAACAUGCUCUUGUGGAAUUCAGAAAAAGUGGUAAGCAAACUUCUGCUGAAGCUAUCCAACACAUAGCUUCGCCUGAAUAUAGCAUCAUCAAUAAUGAGGAAGAGAUCUCACAAAGUUUAGAAGAUGGCGUGGUUCAAGAAUACAAAAGGAGCAAAAGCUCAAAUGAAACUAAAGCUUCUGAUUAUGAUUCCAACAAACAUGAUGCCCGGCUCAUGCGGAGAACAUCUUCUCUCAAUGAAUCAUUGGAUAGAUAUACUCAGUUGUUCGAGAAAAGCUUCAGCAAAGAAGCUAAGUGGCAAAGCUCAAAGUCUAAAAGCUUAAAAUUGACACACGAGGAUAGGAUCCACAAGAGUGCACAUGUUCCUAACUUUUCAAGAAGCAAUUUGUCUAUGCCUAAUCUCGAGACUUUAGGCUUCCUAGUACAAGAGGUACUUUUUGAUACAAAUGAUGUAGGGAAUACCGAGGAAACAUAUGAUCGUGCUCAUAGAAAAUCAGUGAGUCUUCCUUUGAAGAUGGACAAAUCACUAGAUAAUUUUAAAGAGGUUGAAAUUGUGGAAACAGAUAAGAUUUUGGAGAAAAUUGAUGAAGUUACCUGUGACCAAAAGGAGGACAUGGAUGAGGCAGCAGUGGGGGAUGGAAGUUUUACACAAGAAAUAGAGGAAAUGAGUAAUAUGACUGCCUAUCUUAGCAAGGAGGUGAUGCCAACUCUUGAAACUGCCUGCGAGGACAAUAUAACCAGCCACAAAGAAGGCACAGAAUUGUAUACCCAAGUCUCUACAUUGGAGGAAUUGGAAGGUGAUUUAUCAGAUAAAGGAAGUGCAUGGCCAGACUCUUCAUACAACAGAAAUGCAAGUGGAAUAACAGCUGAAGAUACAGAUUACCCUUCCAAUUUCAAAUAUUUAAAAAAUGUUCUUGAAUUUUCGGGAUUCUUGGGAAAUGAGCACACUCAGAUGAGAUACACAAUAGACCAGCCACUAAAGCCCUCCUUGUUCAAAGAUUUGGAAGCGAGUUUGCGGCAUGAAAUAGAAACCUCUGAAGAAGAGACAACCAAACAUUAUGAUCACCAACUCAUUUUUAACUUAGUGAACGAGGUGCUGCUGGAAAUUUAUGGAAGGUCACCAACUUACUUCCCAAGACCAUUCUCCUUCAACCCCCGCCUCCAUCCAAUGCCUAAAGGGCACUAUCUUCUGAAUGAAGUGUGGACUAGUGUCAAUUCAUACCUGACCUUGAGACCUGAGCUAGAUCAGACAUUAGAUGAUGUUGUGGGUCGUGAUUUGGCAAAAGGAAGAGGGUGGAUGAUCCUUCAAGAGGAAGAGGAGUAUGUAGCACUUGAACUAGAAGAGAUGAUAAUGGAUGAUUUGUUUGAUGAAUUUAUCUUCCCUUGUGUCGGGGUUACGAUGAUAAGCAAAAGCAUGCGAAGUGUGACAGGCUUCUUCGCACGAGAGUGGUUGGUUCAGUUAAUACGUCGAACACCUUGUGACACUCUUACCUUGAAAUUGUUCUGUGCUCAAGCGACACAAAACCAGGAUUCCCUGUCUCGAAGAAUCGAGAGACUCCCCAAAGGAGAAUCCGUCGGCUCUGCUUUCCGCAGUUGGAUGAGAGAUGGCUUCCCCGUUCACGGCGGUGACGUCUUUCACUCCAUUAACCGACUCAGGAAGCUCAAAAAGAACAUACGUGCUCUUCAGGUGAUGGAAUGGGUAAUCAGGGAAAGACCCUACAGACCUAGGGAACUGGAUUACUCUUAUCUUGUUGAGUUUACAAUUAAGCUUCAUGGGAUUUCACAUGGUGAGAAGUUGUUCUCCCGAAUUCCGGUUGAGUUUCACAAUGAGUUGCUCUACAACAAUCUAGUGAUUGCAUGCUUGGAUAAGGGUGUCAUAAGGCUUUCACUUGAGUACAUGAAGAGAAUGAGGGAAUUGAGAUUUCCCAUUUCGCACUUGGUUUUCAACCGUCUCAUAAUUCUUCAUUCCUCGCCAGGGCGCAAGAAGAUGAUACCCAAGUUGCUCAUCCAAAUGAAGGCUGAUAAAGUUCCGCCACAUGUGUCCACCUACAAUAUUUUGAUGAAAAUAGAGGCCAGUGAACAUAAUCUCGAGAAUUUGUUGAAGGUCUUCUGUCGAAUGAAAGAAGCACAGGUUGAACCAAAUGAAAUAUCUUACUGUAUUUUGGCUAUUGCUCAUGCAGUGGCCAGAUUAUAUACUGCAACUGAAGCAUAUGUGGAAGCUGUGGAGAAGUCUAUUACAGGGAAUAACUGGUCAACAUUGGAUGUCCUACUUAUUUUGUAUGGGUAUCUAGGGAGCCAAAAGGAGCUGGAAAGAAUUUGGACCAUCAUUCAAGAACUCCCCUCUGUUAGAUCUAAAAGUUACAUGCUAGCCAUUGAAGCAUUUGGUAGGAUUGGACAGCUAAACAGAGCCGAAGAAAUUUGGUUAGAAAUGAAAUCAACCAAAGGAUUGAAAUCUGUAGAGCAAUUCAAUUCAAUGAUCUCUGUAUACUGCAACCAUGGAUUUGUCGACAAAGCGGCUAGACUGUACAAAAUUAUGAAGGCGAGUGGGUGUAAACCAAAUGCCAUUACUUAUCGUCAACUUGCUCUGGGCUGCUUAAGAUCUGGUAUGGCAGAGCAAGCUUUAAAGACCUUAGACUUGGGUUUGCGUUUGACAAUUAGCAAGAGGGUUAGAAAUUCAACCCCGUGGUUGGAGACCACUCUUUCAAUUAUUGAGGUUUUUGCUGAAAAAGGUGAUGUGGGAAAUGUUGAGAGAUUGUUUGAAGAAUUUCAUAAAACAAAGUAUUGUAGAUAUACUUUUGUAUAUAAUGCCUUGAUUAAGGCUUAUUAUCUGGAUCAUAAGUGGGACAGAGACGUGGUUUUGGAGGAAAUAGCCAAGUUUCCUGAACUAACUAUGCAAUCAGAAACAGAACAACGGCGUCACAAGGUUAGCUUUUAUUUGGAAAAAGGGAAGGCCCCAAAUGUUGUCAAAGCUCUCUCAAAACGUCUGGAGAAACGUGGGUUAGAUGUGAAAAUAAUUUAUAGCAAUGGUAUUGCUUUGGAUGUAUUAGCCCAAGCUGCUGGAAAAGGAAGGACACUUGCUUUUCUACUUGAAAAACUAAAUGUUGAUGAACUUGGAAUACGCGGCACUCUUGUUUGUGGUGAUUCUACUGUUUGUACUAUCUGCAAAUGUGAUUGUACUGUGAAAAAUGAUCUUUCAUUUCCUGAAUUUGAAGGUCAACAAUGCACAGGAAGAAUUGCUUCAUUGUUACUGACUGGUUUGGUCAUUAUCAUUUCAGGCACAGAAUUGUAUACCCAAGUCUCUACAUUGGAGGAAUUGGAAGGUGAUUUAUCAGAUAAAGGAAGUGCAUGGCCAGACUCUUCAUACAACAGAAAUGCAAGUGGAAUAACAGCUGAAGAUACAGAUUACCCUUCCAAUUUCAAAUAUUUAAAAAAUGUUCUUGAAUUUUCGGGAUUCUUGGGAAAUGAGCACACUCAGAUGAGAUACACAAUAGACCAGCCACUAAAGCCCUCCUUGUUCAAAGAUUUGGAAGCGAGUUUGCGGCAUGAAAUAGAAACCUCUGAAGAAGAGACAACCAAACAUUAUGAUCACCAACUCAUUUUUAACUUAGUGAACGAGGUGCUGCUGGAAAUUUAUGGAAGGUCACCAACUUACUUCCCAAGACCAUUCUCCUUCAACCCCCGCCUCCAUCCAAUGCCUAAAGGGCACUAUCUUCUGAAUGAAGUGUGGACUAGUGUCAAUUCAUACCUGACCUUGAGACCUGAGCUAGAUCAGACAUUAGAUGAUGUUGUGGGUCGUGAUUUGGCAAAAGGAAGAGGGUGGAUGAUCCUUCAAGAGGAAGAGGAGUAUGUAGCACUUGAACUAGAAGAGAUGAUAAUGGAUGAUUUGUUUGAUGAAUUUAUCUUCUCAUGAAGUCUGCAUGAUCAUGGUUCUGCUCAGGAAAUUCUGGUAGCUGAUCCAGAAGUUAAGCAACUUGGAUUGUAUUGAUUGUAGAAGGUGAAGAUGAAGAUGACAAAAUGGACAGCCGCAAGCCUUUAAUUGCUACAGCACACUAGCAAUAAUAUGCCGUGGAAUAUAGAUUCCUGUGCAUUUGAGCUCCAUGUCGAUUUUUUCAUGCGAAUAAGAUUCAUAUGUAUAUUAACUUAUAAAUAAGGUUGUCUGGUAUAUGUCAUGUAAAGUUCCUCGUGGAUUUUGGUCAUUGGCGUGAUUGAUUAUCUUGUAAAUAACAUAUGAGUGACGUGUUUUUGCUUACACCUUGGAGAUUUCAUGUCCUUGUACUGGGUUAGUGCAGACAGCACUUGAUGAAAAUUCAAUUUCUAGAGACCAACACUGCGUUUCCUGCACUUAAAAUGUUGUGCUUAGUUUAUACUUGGUCUAUAGUUUGCUAA